AUGCCACCAUCAGACAACAAGUCAAUGAUGGUUUGCGCCUACCUCUACGACCACGAAUCUAAGAAGGUCUUCAUCUUGGUUAAGCUGGAUCAUGAGGAGGUUUGCCAUUCUCCAUCAGAUAUCACCUCAGCUAAACUCGUGCUUUCAGCAUCUCUUUUUGGGGUUCCACAGCCAUCGUGUGAUGAAUCUGUCGUGGAACAAAGUCCUUGGCUUCAGGUACUCCAUGUUGUCGGGGUGCUGAACAUCCCCGACAAUUUCAAUGUUGGCAACAAUCACCCAUUAUUUGCAGUGACGCCUAGUGACUCUAAUUUUCUUUGCGAGACCCCAUACGGUAGGCCCAACAUCCUAGAGAAAAUGGGCCCGGUGUGGUUCAUAAGUAUUGCUCUUACUUCAAUGUUAUAUCUCCCUAAUUUCACUGUGCUUUGGCAGCUCUCCCAGCUCUUGCAUGUGUUGAUCCCUUUCAACCCGCCACUACCUCCAAAGGAAUUCCCGCACUCCACCAAUCUCGCCUUCAAAGACACACACAAGCUAUUGUGCCAUGCUGCUAACGAACCUGUGGCCUCAACAUCUGGGCACUCCACGCACUUCACUCAUUUCACUAUUACUGAUCAGCUGCCUCCCCCAGCCUCCUUGACUGCCACAGACGACGCAUACCUAUUGGAUACCCUCCUGGGCCUUGCACCACACAUCCCUUUUGACAUUCAAUCAACAACCAUGAUGCACCUUCUCAACGACAACAACAUGGGCUGGCCGGCUCCCAAUCCCUUCAUCAGCGACCUUGGAGAACCCGGCCCUUGGGAGAAGCCGAGUGAGGUUGUCACUGACAAACCGGCCCCCAUAGACGCAAACCUGGAGCUUCAUCCGGACUUGCAAUGGAGAGAUUCAGAUUAUCUGUGGGGGAAGCUUGAGUCGGCUGACAAGAAAAAAAUACUUUGUUUGUUGGGGAAAAAGCUGUGCUGCUGGUACCGUGUUAUCAAGCUCACAAAAGCCCUGAUCUUGGGUAGUCUGUGGGUCGGAAUGCACAGGAACCCAUUCAACAUAUCUGAUGUGAACGAGCAGCGGAUCAUUACCUGCAGCUUCCUAACCACCCUCCAAAUCGACGGGAAGACAUACACAGAUCUUAUGGAACAGCCAUUGAUCUUGAAGAAGGGUAAAAAAAGGACCCCUAUUGGAUGGCAGGUUAUCCACACCCAUUUGCUUUUGCUAUUCAACAACAAAAAGUCUGAGCUGAGGAAAGUCGUCAAAGGUGUCCUAUUGCCAAUUACAGGCUUUUGUGCAUGGGAUGUGAUAAAGGAAAUGAUAAAGCAAUAUCUUUUGGUGUUGAAUUUUGGGCAUGAUGAAGCUGUACAAGAAGCUCUUGCCGAACUUGUGAUUCAUCAACUCUUCAGAGAAGUGAUCUGGGUGGCGCUUCUUAUCCCAGUCAAUGGGUUGGCUGACGGGAAACACUCUGCGAGAAUAGUGGAUUUGUUUCCUGAUGAGCUCUGCGCAUCAGUUGGAUGUGUGUCUCAAGAUACCAUUGGCAACUUGCUGACAUUGAUUUACCAUACGAUGCUCCUUAUUUUAAGGCAAGGGCUGAACAAAGAAAGCAUCACUUCAUAUAAGAGACAUGAAGCCAUGAACGAAGUUAUUAAUUCCGUGCUCUCCCCCAUGUACGCAAACCCGAAAGAGUUUCCCAAGUUCACAGAGACGGUGAUGAGUCUGCCUUUCAUAAUGCAUGAACACGUGCUCAAUAUGAACCUCAAGAAGAAACGUCCUUGA